CCCUAAGCCCAAGAAGUUCAGGCUCAUUGGGGUCCCUCACCGUACUCCGGCGCGGGGGAAAGGUCUUGUCACGCACAGUAAGCUGGAGUACCGACCACUCGAAUCUCAGCGCCUGGCUUCUGCUGUGGAGGAGAAAAUCCCCGACUGACCUGAGCGGACGUCCUGUUAGAGGGUGCGGCCUGGAUGAGCCUGGGGUAGGGGAUGCGUUGAGGAGAGUGUUGCAGUUCUACCGAAAAAAUGAUCCACAGUCUGUUUCUCAUAAACUGUUCCGGUGACAUAUUUCUAGAGAAGCACUGGAAGAGCGUUGUGAGCCAGUCCGUCUGUGAUUAUUUCUUUGAGGCUCAAGAGAAAGCUGUUGAUGUUGAAAAUGUACCACCUGUUAUUUCAACACCUCAUCACUACCUCAUCAGUAUCUACCGGGAUAAGCUCUUCUUUGUGUCUGUCAUACAGACUGAAGUGCCACCUCUCUUUGUAAUUGAGUUUCUACAUCGAGUUGCUGACACUUUUCAGGACUACUUUGGUGAGUGUUCAGAGGCUGCAAUUAAGGAUAAUGUGGUCAUCGUAUAUGAACUCUUGGAAGAAAUGUUAGACAAUGGAUUUCCACUGGCUACUGAAUCUAACAUUUUGAAAGAAUUGAUUAAACCACCAACAAUUCUACGUUCUGUUGUCAACUCUAUUACAGGCAGUAGUAAUGUUGGGGACACUCUCCCCACUGGGCAGCUGUCCAACAUCCCAUGGCGCCGGGCUGGGGUAAAAUACACAAACAAUGAAGCCUAUUUUGAUGUCGUUGAAGAAAUAGAUGCAAUUAUAGAUAAAUCAGGAUCUACAGUCUUUGCAGAAAUUCAAGGGGUCAUAGAUGCUUGCAUUAAGCUAUCUGGAAUGCCUGACCUUUCCCUUUCUUUCAUGAACCCAAGGCUUCUAGAUGAUGUCAGCUUCCACCCCUGCAUCCGGUUCAAGCGUUGGGAAUCUGAAAGGGUUUUGUCGUUUAUUCCUCCAGAUGGAAAUUUCCGACUCAUAUCAUACCGUGUCAGCUCGCAAAAUCUAGUGGCAAUACCAGUGUAUGUGAAACAUAGCAUCAGCUUCAAGGAGAACAGUUCUUGUGGCAGAUUUGAUAUUACAAUUGGACCAAAGCAGAACAUGGGGAAAACCAUUGAAGGAAUCACAGUGACAGUUCACAUGCCAAAAGUUGUGUUGAAUAUGAACCUGACACCGACACAAGGCAGCUAUACAUUUGAUCCAGUUACCAAGGUACUAACAUGGGAUGUGGGAAAAAUUACUCCACAAAAGCUCCCAAGUCUUAAAGGACUGGUAAACUUACAAUCUGGAGCACCCAAGCCAGAAGAGAAUCCAAGCCUCAACAUACAGUUCAAAAUCCAGCAGCUUGCUAUCUCGGGCUUAAAAGUAAACCGCUUGGACAUGUAUGGAGAGAAAUAUAAGCCAUUUAAAGGAGUCAAAUAUGUCACAAAAGCUGGAAAGUUCCAAGUGAGGACAUGAGAAGAGGCCAAAAUUCCUCAAGAUCUGUUUGUUUUCCAAGUGUCAUUACAGUUUAUUACUAUUAGGUACCAAUUGGGUGGGAAUACAUAAUCUAGUUAAAGCAUUUGUGUCGAGCCACACACUGCUAACAGAGUUGCUUAGAAUCAAUGUAGAGUUCAAGGAGCUUUAAGCUAAGGAAACUUUUGAAUGACUUAGCUUAUUUGUCUUAGCUGAUUAAGAAAGAUUUGGAGGUGACUUCCUCCAUAGGGAGGCACCAGCUCGAGGCUGCACAUUUUAACAGUAAAGGCAGAAGUCUACAGCGAUAACCUCUUUCCUAAAACAAGUGAACUGGUCUCAAUCAGCAGGAGCUGUCUUAUUAUGUAAUGUGAUGUAUCAAGUGCAGCCAAAUGUCAUACCUGAUUUUAGCCACCCCAAAUCAGUAUCUGUCCCAACAGAGGAAGAGUUCCCCCACCCCAAGAAGUUUACAAAAAACUGCCUCUUCAAGUGUUUGCCUUAUUCAGCUUUUCACUUGUGCCAUUAAGCAAGCACUGUAGCAGAAGCCACUCCACAUGGCCCAGGCAGGGACAGCACUGCCGCUCCCUGCUCCAUUCUCACUGUACUUGGUAUUGUAUUUUUUAUAAAUAAGAUUUUUAUGUAAAGCUCAGAUUUUGAUUUACAGGGACCUUGCUGCAGUAAGUACCAUCUCAGUUUUGUGCCAUUUUGUUCAGCUUCUAGUACAGUAAAAAAUCAAUGUAUCAGAGGGGCGAAUACUUUAAGAUAAUAAAAGGGAACACUACUUCUGCUUUUAGGAAGUUAUUGUAAGCACAAGCAUUUGAGAUUUUAAGCAAAUUAACAUAGUAAAAAAACUUCAGUGAACCUUUGCCAUCUUCAUGUUUUAUAAAGCUUACUCAGCAUCACCUAAACCAUAGUUAGCCUAAAGGCCUCAUGCCCUAGUUCAGCUAAAGCAGGAAAAUGUGCCUGCCUCACUAUCAUCAACUUUUUUUUUUAGUACUUUAUCCUUUUUUGUUGUUCUUAAGGGUCUGAAUCUGCCUACAUUGCUUGUCUUGAGGGGAACUCCCUUUUCAUUUUGUGUGCUUCUUAAGGCUAUAGUCAGUAGAUUCCUUCCUGAACCUGUUGUUGUAAUUGUCACGACAGUACCUGCACGUGUCUACUGUACUGACACAGUAGAUGGCAGUACGUCAUAAUGAGGCAGAAACAAAAUCCUCAGUAACAAUGAUAAACCUGCAUUGAUCUUCCUGGUUGGCAGGUCAGUCUGCAGCCAUACCGUUUCAUUUAAUUUUACUGGCUUAGAAGUCCUUGCUGAGUUAUUUUGUCCCAUUAGACGUGAAGAAUGGAGAAAAGUUAAAUGUAAGUGCUUAUUCUUCAUGUUUCCUUCUUAUUCUUACUCAUGCUAUUAAUUUUCUUUUAUGUGUACGCCAUUCUUUUAAUUCUUCUCAGCUUAUAACUCCCUUUCCCUUAUCAUGCUAAGGACAGCCCUUACACUCAUCCCACUCUGCUGCCAAGGGCUGCAGUUGGUGCUGGUACAGGGAGCCCACCCUACAGCAGCAUUCUUACCUUUGCCUGCUUAGGGCGCCCAGCCUACCUUUCAUCUGAUAGGAGAGUUCACUUGAAACCUUGCAGUUUCUAGGGUAACCAAGAUCAGCUUGGCAGCUAAAAAUCAAGAUGUUGCCAAAUACUUACUCUCUUUGCCUGAGGUUGGUUACCCAGUUCAGUUGCUUUUCAUUUUUAAUGUCUUUCUCCUCAGAGUUCGUACCUCAGAAGAGCAGUCAGUACAUUUGCUUUUCUUUCUGUAGAUUCCCUAAUCUCAACCAUCGUAUCUGGACUGUCUAAUUUCCUUUCUGUGCUGUCUUCUCAUAUGCAAGCAGAUGCCAAGAGUCCCUUGCCUCUGCUAAAACUUGCAAGUAGAUUAUUCCCUUUUACAAUUAAAUUAUUGUAUUUAUUAAUUUAAUUGAAUCCAAUAAGCCCUUUUCUCUGGCUAUACUGUCAAUAAAAAGAUGAAAGUAACAAGCUGA